CAGGAUUUGUCUUAUGCCUGGUGAAAACACUGUGAAGAGUGGUGCGUCUGGCUGAGUGGAGCCAGCAGAGAUGGGAGCCAACACCAGCCAGGUCAGUGAGUUGUCCGAUAACCCAAGCCUCAAGGCCCUGGUGGGCACAGAGUCCAUAUCGGAGAAUGACCCGUUCUGGAACCAGCUCAUCUCCUUCACCUUCAUCAGUCCCACCAGCAGUGGAGACUCUAAGUUGCUGGAAGAGGCUGUCAUCCCCCUGGCAAAGAUCUUUAUUGAAAACAAUCCCAGAACAGGCAACUUUGGCGCGCUCGUGAGAAUUUUCCUUGGAAGAACCAAAGAGCUGAAAAUCUCGACAGAAUGCCAAGAUCAGCUAUUUAUCUGGCAGGCCCACAACGCACUGUUCAUGAUCCGUUGCCUGCUCAAGGUGUUCAUCAGGGAGAUGAGUGAAGAAGAGCUGCACCUACAGUUCUCCUACCAGGAGAGGGCACUAGGCUCCUGUGGAGAAACAGGUAGUGAGGACCUCCUUGAGGAAUUGUUGUCCAACCUUGUUCACUUGAUCGUUGAAGUCCCCCUGCUAGACAUCACCUACAGCAUCCUGUUUGAAGCAGUGACCACGCUGCUGGUCUUCUUCUCCUAUCAGCUCUUCCACAAAGACAUCCUCAGAGAUGGAAUCAUCUACCAGCACAUCAUGAAGGGGAGAUGUUUGUCUCUAACCAGUCGACUGGUGAAGACCCUGCUCUAUAACUUCAUCAGGCAGGAGAAGUGUCCACCUCCAGCAACACACAUCUUUGAGCCCAAAGCUGAGGGGGGCCUUCUCUAUGGCCUGGCAUCCGGGGUGGCAAGUGGGCUGUGGAGUGUCUUCACAUUGGGUGGAGCUGGUGGCAAAUCAGGCGUAGACCAAGAACAAAACCCCUUACCUUUGUCUAAUCAGAGCCUUCUGUUACUGCUGGUCCUCGCCAAUCUGACAGACGGGCCUGACUGGCCCAACCCCUACCGCCAGGCAAUUACUUGUUUCAGAAACACACAAGACACAUCAUCGCUGUCCGUGGAGCAACCUCACACUUUCCAAAUCAAUUUCAACAGUCUGUACACAGCGCUGUGUGAACAGCAGCGCUCUGAUCAGGCCACGUUACUGCUGUACACCCUGCUUCACCAGAACGCCAACAUGAGGACAUAUAUGCUCUCCAGAACUGACAUGGACAAUCUGGUUUUGCCCAUCCUCGAGAUCCUUUACCACGUAGAGGAAAGAAACUCUCAUCACGUCUACAUGGCCCUCAUUAUUCUCCUCAUUCUCACAGAAGACGAUGCCUUUAAUCGCUCCAUCCAUGAGGUGGUUUUGAAGAACGUCCCAUGGUACACAGAGAGGUCAUUGACGGAUAUCUCUCUUGGCAGUUUGCUCAUCCUGGUGGUUAUCCGCACAAUCCAGUUUAACAUGACCCGGACAAGGGAUAAAUACCUCCAUACCAACUGUCUGGCUGCCCUUGCCAACAUGUCAGCCCAGUUUCGAUGUCUGCACCAGUACGCUGCCCAGCGCAUUAUCAGUUUAUUUGCUUUGCUUUCCAAAAAGCACAACAAGGUUCUGGAGCAGGCAACACAGAGUCUCCGAGGCAGACAGGCAGACAACACAGCCUUGCCCGACUAUGCCCAGGACCUGAAUGUGAUUGAGGAGGUGAUCCGCAUGAUGCUGGAAAUCAUCAACUCUUGCCUUUCCAACUCUCUCCACCACAACCCCAACCUGGUGUAUGCGCUGCUCUACAAGAGGGAGCUCUUUGAGCAGUUCAGGAUGCACCCCUCCUUCCAGGACAUUAUGCAGAACCUGGACACGGUGAUUGGCUUCUUCAGUCAGCGUCUGGAGCAGGCAGGAACUGACCUGUCAGUUGAGAGGGUUCAGGAGGUCAUCAUGAAAGGAGCACAGGCCCUGCCCAGUGACAGACUGAAGAAGUUUCCUGAGCUAAAGUUUAAGUACGUGGAGGAAGACCAACCCGAGGACUUCUUCAUCCCCUACGUCUGGUCCCUGGUCUUUAACUCUGGAGUCGGCCUCCACUGGAGCCCACAUGGCAUUGAGUUGUUCAGCAUGGACUCUGGCUGAAACGCCGGCUGCUGCAGACAGUGUGUGCGUCUCCAUCCCUGUCCAGUGACUGACAGCGUGUGUAUGUGGGUGUUUAUGUGGGUUUUGUGCACAUUACCCUUUAUAAGUAUGUGCAUGCUGCUUUGAAAGUGCCUCGACCUUGUACAGAACGGUUUUUCUUUUUACGCAGCACCACCUGUUUUUUUCCCCCCACAUGUCCCAAUAAUUCCUCUGAUUCUUCACGGCGAAGCUUCACCUGUGUACAGUCAGUCCUGUAGUGAAAACCUGUUAAACAUCAGCUCCACCUGCUUCCACAGCACACACCGACGCACAUCUCUUCCGUUGUUGUGUCGAGCUCAGGACACCGGCUAAGGAUAAUCCCACAUUUUUAGUUUUCUUGCUUACAAAGAAAAAAAAGGUCAAAUUAAACAGAUAGGCUUAAUGCUUCAUGCACACUACAAGGUUUUUGUUUGAAAAAUCAUCAACUCUGUUACGGACACAUCUGUCCUCCACACUACUCCGAGGUUUUAGAGCAGCUAAACUGAAGGUUGGGCCGAGUUUUAGUUUGAAAACUGGGGCUGCUUUUAGUCUUGACAGGCAGAAACUUGAGAUGCUUGGAAACGAUGACGUAGACACUCACAACUGCUUUCAGAUUGGGUCUUUUCGGUCACAAUCUAGACUUUGCGUAUUCGUCAAGCUCCUGUCACAUGACCCCGAUCCAGAAGAAAACACACUGCAUUAACCUUGGCCUCCAUUGUAGAACACAACAUGAACAAUCAAUUACAAGUGUUACUGACCCAGUUGUCUUUGCUAACAAUUGUUGUUCAGUUAAAUUCAAUAUUUUACAAGGAUACAACUGCUGACAUGUUUUGGAUGUGAGCUAUUAUUCGAACAAUCUGCAACAGUUCCCAGCUAGACACGAAUGCCCAAAGUAUGUGGGUGAUCACGUGAUAUGUGUUCUCAGGCGUGUUAGUGUGGACAAGGAUUAAAACUGAUACAGAGCCAAAACAUUUAUGUGGACCGAUAGUUUUACUUGGAAAAUGCUGUUUUCAAAAGAAAACAUUGUAGUUUGGAUGUAGCCUAAGUUACCCUGCUUUUAUAUACGAUUAUUUACUGCUGCACUGAACGCUAAAAAAUAAGGUAAUAUUCAAGACAGGCAAAGUGUCUUUCACAUUUUAUUAAAUGUCCUCUAUAAUACAGAAGUAUGAUUAUCUCAUAGAUUGGUAUUUUAUUUUGCUCAGUUCUCAGAAUACAAUGGUUUUGUAUAAAAAUAGACUUGUGUUUGUGAAAUUAAGUUGGAAAGAAGGUCACAGAAAGACAAAUAGUCUCCCACAACUUCCGUUGUGUUGUAAUAUGCAGGGUUUUCAGAUUUUAAGUGGGCCGGACUGAAUAACCUGUUUAAUUAAUGCUUAAUUUCAGUCUCUGGAGAAUAUUAGCACUCUGCAUCACCCUGUUUAAUGUGGUUUCAUUGUCGCCAUCGGCCCUUUCGUCUGACUUCACCCCGUCUUUGUCGUCGUCGUUCUUUUUUUCCCUCAUAGUAACCUGAGGCAGAUGCUUAAACCAGGGUGAGUCAUUAAACCCUAUUGUGCAUAAUUACACUUGUCUCUUAAAUUUGUCACUUUAUUUGCAUGUUUAUCAUGUUUAGAGACUUUGUAUGAAAUUAUUUAUUUUCAUGUAUUUUGUUUUUUUAAACUUUCAGCCCCCUGCCCUCACAGAAUAGUAGCAGUACUGAAAUGGCUGCUAUGUAUGGAAGAAAAACAGUGGUACUUUACUUUGGUUGUUCCCAGGUGGGAAACUGGCUUUAUAUUAUUACAUAUUAUAUGACAACAGCUGUCAUUUUGUGGCAACUAUUACUUUGAAAAUAGGAGUUUGAAUAAAAAUCUAAAUGGAAGCAG